AAACUAUUAUUAGUUCAGCCAUUGGAGGACUUCUUCAAAAUGAAAAGAGGAGAUUUAUACAAGUAGAAACAGCAUAUUUCAAGCGUUGGUGGACCCUACAAACCAACACAACAAAAUCGUUUGUCAGAGAAUUACUUAGAGAGGGUCGCCUGGAGAUAAUUGGAGGAGCAUGGAGUAUGGGUGAUGAAGCCACUGCUCAUUACCAAUCUGUUAUUGAUGGAUUUAGCACAGCAUUUAAAUAUUUAGAAGACAACUUAGGUAAAUGUUCACGACCGAAAAUCGGUUGGCAAAUCGAUCCAUUCGGUCACAGUAGAGAACAUGCUUCGUUGUUUGCACAAAUGGGAUUUGACGGAUUCUAUUUCUCCAGACUCGAUUAUCGUGACAGAGCUAAGAGGAAAGCGGAAAAAACAAUGGAUCUUUUAUGGACAGGAAGCGCAAAUUUAGGAAGUGACUCAAAUAUUUUCACUUCUUCAUUGUACGACCAUUACAAUGCCCCUGAUGAUUUUUGUUUUGACAUUUGGUGUGAUGCUAAAUUUAUUGUUCCCGAUGAAGAAAGCCCUGAGUAUAAUUUGGAAGAAAGGGUAAACAAAUUUGCAAGUCUCGUAAAGGAAGUAUCAGAAUGGUACCCGACCAAUAAUAUACUACUUACCUUUGGAGGUGACAAUAGAUGGGAAUCUGCAGAAAGAUAUUAUAAUAAUCUUGAUAAAUUGAUGGCUGGUAUCGAAAAAUUAAAUCCAAAAGUUGGAGAUAAAGAAAUGAACAUUAUAUACUCCACCCCUUCAUGUUACGCUAAGGCGGUAAAUGAUAUCGUUAUAGCCAAAAAUAUAACCCUAGAUUUAAAAACUGAUGACUUUUUGCCUUAUGCAGACACUGCUAAUAAAGUGUGGAGUGGUUUCUUUACUUCAAGAGCUUCAUCAAAAAGAUACGAAAGACUGGCAAAUAAUAUAUUACAGGCAGUAAGGCAAUUAUCCGUAUUUGCUGGUCUUCCUUAUGGUCUAAAUUUAGAAUUAGAAGAAGGUCUUGGUGUAAUGCAACAUCACGACGCUCUAACUGGUACAGAAAAACAAGCAGUUGAAAAAGACUACCACAGAUCGCUUUCUAUGGGCAUUGAAAAUACCAUUAAAGUUGGAAAUGAUGCAAUAACAAACCUCUUGGGACAAGAUGACAUCAAGCUCAAACAUUGUCCUCUAGCCAAUGUUAGUAUUUGUACAGAAACAGAAAAAGAUGAAUUCAAUGUAUUUCUAUACAACCCCCUAGCUAGAUCUGUUUCCCACUACAUUCAAGUGCCAGUUAGUGGUGAUGAUUGGAAGGUAACAAAUCCUGAAGGUGAGGAGGUGGAAGUGGCUGUAACUAAGCCAAUUCGCACAUUUGAUUAUGUUACAAAGGACAUUGGAGGCAAUUUGCAUGAAAAUGUGCUGAUCUUCAAAGCAACAUUGCCGGCACUGGGUUAUAGUAUUUACAACAUUAAAAAGACUAACUUAAAAAAUAAUACUAAAGCUCUGAAUGAAGAAAUGAAAUUAGGUGAAGAUAAAAUAGUUGGAUUUGAGGAUAAAUAUGUCACAAUAGAUGGGGAUACAAAAUUAGUAAAAUCGAUUACUUUGAACGGCGUUACAAUGAAUGUGAAACAAAAAAUGAUGUACUACAAAGCUUCCGCUCAAUCAGGAGCAUACAUAUUUAGAACAGAUCAGAAUGAUAGAAACGCAAAGGAUUUUGAUGGUUCUGUGCAAAAUACCAUUCUGAUAGAUGAUGGUGACGUCGUUAGAGAAAUUAAACAAGUAUGGAGAGAUUGGGCAACACAAAUUAUUCGUGUUUACAAAGAUGAAGAUUUUAUUGAAUUUGAUUUUAUUGCAGGACCAAUUGAUGUAGGUGAUGAAAUCGGUAAAGAAAUGAUAAUGCGAUAUACAACAGACAUGGCGACUGAUGGUGUUUUCUUCACCGACUCAAAUGGUAGAGAACUCAUUUAUCGCAGAAAAGAUUGGAGGCCCACUUACGAUUAUACAACAGAAGAACCACAAGCUAACAACUAUUAUCCAGUUAAUUCUAGAAUCGUUAUCACUGAUGACACUAAUGAAUUCGCUGUAUUAACAGAUAGAUCUGAAGGUGGUUCUAGUUUAAAUAAUGGCGAAGUAGAACUUAUGAUUAAUAGAGGAUUGCUACAUGAUGAUGGAAAAGGAGUUGGCGAACAUUUGUAUGAAAUAGAAUAUAACACUGGACUAGUAAUAAGAGCUUCACAUUUUGUGACUCUAGGUCCAAAGAAGAAGGGUGAUGGAACAAAAUCAAUGGCAGCUAUUGAACGGCAAAUAGCACAAAGGAAGCACUUAGCACCCUGGUUAUUCUUUGUUAACAAUAAGGAUAUUCCAAAAACUAAGUCUUUUAUAUCUAGAGAGCUGCCUGAAAAUGUACACCUUCUUACUUUGGAUAGUUGGAGCGAAGAUGGAAACACUAUUCUGAUCAGGUUGGAACAUAUUCUAGAAAAGGAAGACGAUGAAACGUUGUCUAAGGAUGUUACUGUAGAUUUAACUGAUUUGUUUACAACAUUCGACAUCAUUUCGUUGAAAGAAACUCUUCUGGCUGGAAAUACACCAUUAUCAGAAGCGAAUAGAUUGAAAUGGCCUCAAGUUCAACAGGAUCAAACUUCAUCGCCAGUGUUAAAAAUAAAACAACGAAUGAUGAGGGAUGAUUCCGAUUUGAAGAUCACCCUAGCUCCUAUGCAAAUAAGAACGUUUGUAGCAACAAUUACAAGAAAAUAAUGUGUAUACUACUUUUUGUGAAAUAAAAAAUAUAAAUAAGUCU